GGAGGGUCUAGGCCAAGGCGCCACGGCAGCUGCAGCGGUGGAGGCGGGGUCGCACGCCCCACCCGCCCCUCCGAGGGCAAGGCUGAAGGAGAGGGCUCGUGCCUUGCAGUCUCUCUUCCAUCUCUCCUCCCCUGACUGGCUUUUGUGUUGGUGCCUCCGAGCUGCGAGGAGGGUGCACUGGAGGAGGAGGAGGAGGAGGAAGAGGAGGAGGGGGACCUGGGGUGAAAGGCACCCCACGCGCGCGCGCGCGCACGGGGACGGCGCACGCACACACGCGCGGACACACUCACGGACACGCACACACACGCACAAAGCUCGCUCGCCUGGAGCGCACUAACGUGGCCGUUUUCUUUGUGUGGAGCCCACCAGGAGGGUUGGGGCCCCGGUCCGGUCCCUGGGAGAUGGCGCAGCCCAUCCUGGGCCAUGGGAGCCUGCAGCCCACCUCGGCAGCUAGCCUGGCAUCCCUGGAGCUUGACUCGUCGCUGGACCAGUACGUGCAGAUUCGCAUCUUCAAAAUCAUCGUUAUUGGUGACUCCAACGUGGGCAAGACCUGCCUGACCUUCCGCUUCUGUGGGGGGACCUUCCCGGACAAGACUGAGGCCACCAUCGGUGUGGACUUCAGGGAGAAGACCGUAGAAAUCGAGGGCGAGAAGAUCAAGGUUCAGGUGUGGGACACAGCAGGUCAGGAACGCUUCCGCAAAAGCAUGGUUGAGCAUUACUACCGCAAUGUGCAUGCAGUGGUCUUUGUCUAUGAUGUCACCAAGAUGACAUCCUUCACCAACCUCAAAAUGUGGAUCCAAGAAUGCAAUGGGCAUGCUGUGCCUCCGCUAGUCCCGAAAGUGCUUGUGGGCAACAAGUGUGACUUGAGGGAACAGAUCCAGGUACCCUCCAACUUAGCUCUGAAAUUUGCCGAUGCCCACAACAUGCUCUUGUUUGAAACAUCGGCCAAGGACCCCAAAGAGAGCCAGAAUGUGGAGUCAAUUUUCAUGUGCCUGGCUUGCCGAUUGAAGGCACAGAAAUCCCUGCUCUAUCGUGAUGCUGAGAAGCAGCAAGGGAAGGUGCAGAAACUGGAUUUCCCACAGGAAGCUAACAGUAAAACUUCCUGUCCUUGUUGAAACCAAAUGGUGUAAAUACAAGAUCAAUUAUCAUUGGAGUUUUUUCUUUCCCUUUUUCCAUGCCUGCAUAAAUGCUGACACCUGCUUGUUUCCAUACAAAUAGAUAUUAAAAUAAAAUUUGUAUACAUUA